GUGUCCUGGAAGCUGGGAGAAGCCAAAAGGGAGGGCAAGGCUACUCCUCGCUGAGCGGCGGUGGGCGAAUCAUCUUUUUGAGCCUCCUCUGUAAAAUGGGGGCAGCACGCCCACUUCACCCAUCUCACCACUUUGCGCUCCAGCUGUGAUGAGGCCGCGAGGAGAAAGCAUUUUGCACAGCGGAAAGUGCUGAACAGACGUGAGGCUGGCUCCGCGGGCGCCUCCUCCCCGCGGGGCUGCCCCCGGAAGAGGGUUGAAGACCCGAGGUCGCGGCGUGGAGGCCCUGGCGGCGGCGGCGGCGCUCGCGUUAGGACCCAGCGGAUCCAAGUUGGAGGGCGGGCGCCGGCCCCGUCGGGGGCCCGGAGGGGGGUUCGGAGCGGGCAAAGGGGCGGCUCCGGCGGGCGGACUCGGAGCGGGCCGCGGAGUGACCCGGCCAGCUGUGCGGCGCUGCAACAUCUGGUUUCCUCCAGCCGGACCCCAGCCCGGCCUCUGGAGCAGACAGAGCCUCCAGCAGACUGUCCCCUGACACCAGUCCAGCCCGCCUCGUUGUGUAACCAUGAGAGCUGCCUACCUCUUCCUGCUGUUCCUGCCUGCAGGCCUGCUGGCUCAGGGCCAGUACGACCUGGAUCCGCUGCCUCCGUUCCCAGACCACGUCCAGUACACCCACUAUAGCGACCAGAUCGACAACCCGGACUACUAUGAUUAUCAAGAGGUGACUCCUCGGCCCCCGGAGGAGCAGUUUCAGUUCCAGUCCCAGCAGCAAGUCCAACAGGAAGUCAUACCAGCUCCCACCUUAGAACCAGGAACUGUAGAGACGGAGCCCACGGAGCCUGGGCCUCUGGACUGCCGCGAGGAGCAGUACCCGUGUACCCGCCUCUACUCCAUACACAAGCCUUGCAGACAGUGUCUCAACGAGGUCUGCUUCUACAGCCUCCGCCGUGUGUAUGUCAUCAACAAGGAAAUCUGUGUCCGCACGGUCUGUGCCCACGAGGAGCUCCUGCGAGCUGACCUGUGUCGUGACAAGUUCUCCAAAUGUGGCGUGAUGGCCAGCAGCGGCCUGUGCCAAUCUGUGGCAGCCUCCUGUGCCAGGAGCUGCGGGGGCUGCUAGGGUGGAACUGGCAGCCCGAACCCUGGACCCUCCUCGGAUCUGGGGCCCUCAGGCUCUGCCUGACCUGGUGCUUUUCUCCCCAGCCAGACGUUCCUUUUAUCCCGUAAAAAGUUAGUGGCUGCGGCGCUGGGGGUUGCCUCAGGCCCUUCCCCCAGCCUGUGGCCACCUUGGGGCACAAAGGGGGCUCCCCAGUGUCCAGUCUCCGCCCUCAGGGGGGGGACAUCCCACGCCUCUCUAUGGGACCUGGGCCCCUGAUGUGCCUUCUCCAUCCCUCUGAGGACAGUCCCCCACUCCAGCCCCACCCCCAAGGUAGGCUAUGACCCUCACCCCAGCUGGUCUGCUUGGAUUUCCUACAGCCCCUGGGCAUAGACCACCUUUGUUUUAUACAAAAUUAAAA